AUGAUUCGAAAGUAUGGCAGGAAAACGUUGGCGUCUCGCUUCCCAGGACACAUUUUGUCGACCCUCGAAAACCCGAGACCUGGUCGAAAGUCAGGAGUACGUGGCAGAAGGAGAUGUUUCGUCAGCUGGAUGAGGCGUUUCUACCCAAGUGAGCUAGCCAGACACAAAUGA